CAACCUUCCUCUCCCUUGCUGCUCACCCACGACGGAUUACAUUCCCCUUUCUCCCCCCAUCUUCUUUUUCCGGUUUGGCCUCCUCGUCCACCUCCCAAGUCUUUCUCCCGAUGAACCGCUUCACGGAGUAGAAAUUGUUCUCCGGAUUCACCAACGCCUGCCUCUUAGCGAUCUUCCCUACCAGCCCGUCCCCGUUCUUUGUGUAGGCCACCACGGACGGCGUCGUUCUCUGCCCCUCCGCGUUGGUAACGAUCGUCGGCUUUCCGCCCUCCAUCACCGACACAGCUGGUGUUGUGGCAGAAACAGCCCCCAACUCUCUCAUGUCUAAAACCCUUCUCUCUCGCAUCAAACCCCUUCACAGACCCAAACCCAAACCCAUUUCUUCUUCUUCUUCGUCUUCUUCUCCAUUUCCCUUCAGGCCCUACGUCAAACUAGUUCAAGACUGUGUCCAAAUCCUCAAAAACCAUGAAAAAUGGGAGAAUUCCCUCGAAAUCCACUUCGCCGAAUCCCAAGUCCUUGUUUCGGACAUUGCCCAUCACGUUUUAGACAGAAUACACGAUGUAGAACUGGGUUUGAAGUUUUUCGAUUGGGCCUCGAAGCGACCGUAUAGUUGUUCGCUCGAUGGAUAUGCAUAUUCUUCGCUUUUGAGGCUUUUAGCGAGGUUUAAAGUGUUUUCGGAAAUUGAAUUGGUGUUGAAGAGUAUGAACCUUAAUGAACUAAAGCCGACCCCUGAAGCAUUAAGCGCUGUUAUUCGUGCGUAUGCGGAUUCGGGAUUGGUAGAUAAGGCUCUUGAGUUUUAUUUUAUGGCGGGUGAAAUGCAUGCAUGUGUUCCGAGUGUUUAUGCAUGUAAUUCGUUGCUUGAUGUUCUUGUGAAGCAUCGGAGAACUGAAAUCGCGUGUCGGGUGUAUGAUGAAAUGCGUAAGAACUCUUGUGUGGAUAAUUAUAGCACUUGUAUCAUGGUUAGGUGUUUGUGUAAGGAAGGGAAGGCCAAUGAAGGCAAGAAGUUGAUUGAAAAUAUGUGGGGGGAGGAUUGUGUCCCGAAUGUAGUGUUUUACAAUACACUCAUCGACGGGUAUUGCAAGACAGGUGAUGUUGAGAGUGCUAGCAGGCUUUUCAAGGAGUUGAAAUUGAAGGGAUUUUUACCUACAUCGGAGACUUAUGGGGCUAUGAUAUAUGGGUUUUGCAAAGAAGGGAACUUUGAGAUGAUUGAUCGACUUCUGGUGGAAAUGAAAGACAGGGGUUUGAACGUUAAUGUUCAAGUUUAUAAUAAUAUAAUCGAUGCCCAAAAUAAGCAUCACCAUACAGUUGAAGCAGUGACGGUGAUGGGGAGAAUGAUUGAGAGUGGUUAUGAGCCGGAUAUUAUAACCUACAAUACGCUGAUAAAUGGUUCUUGUAGGCAGGGGAAGGUUAAGGAAGCUGAAAAACUUCUGGAGCAGGCAUUGCAAAGGGGAUUAAAGCCGAACAAGUUUACUUAUACUCCUCUUAUACAUGGCUAUUGUAGACAAGGAGAAUACUUAAGGGCUUCAGAUUUGCUUAUUAAGAUGAUGGAAGAAGGGGACAAACCCGAUUUGGUGUCUUAUGGAGCUCUCAUGCACGGACUUGUUGUUACAGGGCAAGUUGAUGCUGCAUUGACAAUGCGAGACAAUAUGAUGGAAAGGGGAGUAUUGCCCGAUGCUGGCAUUUACAAUGUUUUGAUGAGUGGACUCUGCAGGAAAGGAAGGCUUCCUGCUGCAAAGCGGCUACUUGCUGAGAUGCUUGACCAAAACAUACAACCUGAUGAAUUCGUUUAUACCACUUUGGUGGAUGGAUUAAUCCGAAAUGGUGACAUUGAGGAAGCAAAGCAACUAUUUGAGCUCGCCAUUAAAAAAGGAAUAGACCCUGGUGUUGUGGGAUACAAUGCCAUGAUAAAAGGUUUCUGCAAAUUUGGAAUGAUAAAGGAUGCAUUCUCAUGCAUCAGUAGAAUGAGGAAAGGGCAUCAUGCUCCAGAUGUCUUUACUUAUACCACACUUAUUGACGGAUACAUAAAGCAGAAUGACUUGGAUGGUGCACUGAGGAUGUUUGGGCUGAUGCUGAAACAGAGAUGGAAGCCAAAUGUGGUCACAUACACCUCUCUCAUUAAGGGGUUUUGCAGUACCGGAGAUUCCAAUAGAGCUGAAAAAACUUUUCGAGAGAUGCAAUCUUGUGGUUUGGAACCUAAUGUUGUCACAUACAGCAUACUUAUUGGGAGGUUUUGCAAGGAGUGUAAACUUGCAAAAGCAGCCUCCUUUUUUGAACUGAUGCUGAUGAACAAGUGCGUUCCCAAUGACGUUACGUUUCAUUAUCUUGUAAAUGGGUUUGCAAAUACUCCACCCGGUUUAAUUUCCAAGGAAUGCAAUGAGCUUCAGGAGAGUAGUAAGUCUAUGUUUCUAGACUUUUUCGGAAUGAUGAUGUCUGAUGGAUGGAUGCAAAUGAUUGCGGCAUAUAAUUCUAUUAUUGUUUGCCUUUGCCAACAUGGAAUGGUUAAAACUGCUUUACAGUUACGAGAUAAGAUGAUCAGUAAGGGCUUCCUUGUAGAUUCUGUUUCUUUUACUGCCCUGCUGCAUGGUAUUUGCUUGGAAGGAAGAUCAGAGGAAUGGAAGGAGAUUAUCGCCUGCAAUUUGAACGAAAAGGAGAUCCAAACCGCUGCCAAAUACUCAGUUAAAUUAAACCAAUACGCAAGUCAAGGAAGGACGUCUGAGGCUCCACUUAUUGUACAGACAUUGAUUGAAGACAAGAAGUCUAAUGAUCCACGAUUGGAAGAUCCAGAGCCUCAGUGAGGUGGUAAAAACUGAAAGACCUCAUCGUGGUCUGUGAAAAUCUGUGGACCAUGCAUCACAAUUGUCUGUAACUACAUUUAGAUAUUAAUGAGCCACUUAUGUGAUAGUCUCGAAAUCUUUACUCUCUCCUUCAUCAGUGUGAGUUUCAAACACACCUUCUGCUGUACUGUGAUGGACAAACAUGUAGUAUGAAGAGACUCUUUGGGUUCCACGACUACAUGGUAAAAUCUUGGCUGUUUGCUGCCAUUCUAGGAGAAGUGAAAUCAAAUAGCUGCUCAUACUCCAUUUCAGUUCUGUUUUACUAAAUUGGCAGACUACAUAGGUUUGCCAUGCCACAUAGCUCGAGGUUGCAAGUACUGUGCAGCUGAUCAUCGCUCUUCUUGCCUUGUCAAAGUAGAGGACAACAAACAGUCCUCAAGGGAGUAUGUAGUUGAUCUAGUUGGGCAACCAGGAAAUGUUCAUGGUCCAGAUUCCUCAAUCAAUGGAGGAUCACUUUCUUCAAUGCCUUCACCAUUUCAAAGUUCUCAUCUAAAAGAAUCCAGAUCACAUGCGUGCUCCUCCCAUAAAUCCUCUAUUUUCAGGUCUCCUUUGAUGGAGGAGAUAAAGGAGGCUCUUUGGUCGAUUCCUCAAGAUAGCAGCCUAGGUCCUGAUGGCUUUUUGGCAAAGCUUUUUCCAACAUGCUUGGGAUAUUAUUAAAGAAGAUUUGUUGAUCAUGGCAACUUAAUUUUUUGAUGGAAAGCCGCUCUCUACUUUUUUGGGUGCUACAAAUAUAGUGUUGUUUUCAAAAGUUGAUGCUUCAUAUAGUUUUACUAAAUUCCGGCCCUUAAGUUUGUGCUCAGUGGUGUACAAAGUGUUGACAAAAAUAAUGGUAAGAAGUUUGGCACCGUUAAUGGGGAAAUUUAUUUCUAAGGAGCAAUCAGAAUUCCUUAAAGGGUGUAGUAUUUUUUUUAAUAUUGCCAUUGCAAAGGAGUUGGUCCGCAGUAUAAAUUGCAAGCUUGAGGGGGAAAUAUCAUGAUCAAGAUUGAUAUGGCCAAAGCAUAUGAUAGGGUUAAUAGGAAAUUUUUUAUGGAAGUUAUGAAGCGAUUGGGUUUUUCAGCGAAAUGGAGGGACCUUGUUUCAAUUGUAUCUCUUCUCCUAUGUAUUCUAUAAUGUUGAAUGAGAUGAUUAAGGGUUUUUUUAAGCCUUCUCGGUGUCUUUGACAGGGUGAUCUUUUAUUGCUGUACUUUUAUAUUUUAUCUAAAGAGAUUCUCUCUCGCAUGAUUCGAGAAGAAUUUAACAAAGGUAUUAAGCCAUUCAAUCCUCUUGGAGGAGUGCUGAUUAGUCACUUGUUUUAUGCGGACUACCUCCUCAUUUUUGUUGAUGGUGGGAAGCGAUCAGUUCGGAAGAUUAUGAACACGUUACAUUCCUAUGAAGCUAUCUCAGGCCAACUUGUAAGUCCUACCUAAUCCUCUAUUUGCUUCUCAAAUAAUUUUCCUCUUAGUAGGAAAGUGGAAAUGCUUCAGACUACAGGAUUUGUGGAGGGGAAGUGGCUUUGUUUUUAUCUUGGAGUUCCGUUACAUGUUGGGAGGCUUACAAGCCAAUUGUUUGAUCCAUUGCUUCUCAAAGUGCAGAAAAAACUUGCGGGAUGGAAGAAUAAAAUUUUGUCAUUCAGGGAAAAAAUUACUCUCAUCAAACAUGUCCUAAGUAGUAUGCCCAUUCAUAUUUUAUCAGUGUUGAAUCUUCCAAAAGCUGUGUAUAAAGCGUUAACUUCCAUUUUCUCCAAUUUCCUUUGGAGUGCGGGGGAGGAUUCAAAAAAAAAAAAAGAAAAAAAGAAAAGAAAAUGGGUAGCUUGGCGUAAAAUUUGUUUGCUGGUGGAAGAUAGUGGUUUGGGUAUCCCGGAUCUCUCAUAAGUGCAAUCCUCAUUAUCUAUGAAAUUUGCAUGGAAAUUGCUCGUUGGAAAUUCCUUAUGGGCUGAAUUUUUUAGAAAGAAUUAUGUUGGUGAAGCACACUCGACGUCGGCGUUGUGUAACCAAUGGGGUACUAGAUUUUGGAAGGGUAUUUUGUCUGUGCUUCCUUUGGUGAUUAGUAAUACAAAAUAUUUGGUUUGCCGUGGGGAUAUCAACAUCUAGUAUGGUAAUUGGUUGGGAGAUGGAGCUUUGGCAGCGUCUUUUGAGAUGAGGGGAGAUCCUUCUCUGAAAAUUAAUUUGGUUCUUGCUAAUACUAUUUGGGAUGCACCCAGGUUACUUGAACUUUUACAUGAGGAAAUUGUAAAUAAAAUUGUGGCAUCACAGGUGCAGUUGAGAGCUGGUAGUGAUAUACUUAUUUGGACAUCGAAGGCUGAAGGUAUUUUUAGCACUAAAUCGGUUUGGGAGAUUAUUCGUGAGAAAUGAACUUCUUGUCCUUGGAGGAAGUGGCUUUGGCAUGAGUAUGUUCCUAAAAAGAUGUCAUUUGUUUAUUGGAGAGUUCGGAAGGAAGCAUUACAUGGGAAUGAUUUGAUUAUAAAGCUUGAUAUUCCAAUAGUUUCCAAAUGAUUUGUUGCAAUUCUACUCAGAUUGAAAUUAUUGAUCAUGUAUUGUGCGAAGGUGAGGUGGUGCAAAAAGUGUGGGAAUAUUUUGUUGCUAUUUUCGGCACAAGGCUUCCUCAGCUACGUCCUUGGAAGGGAGUUGUAAAUGUCUAGUGGUUUCAUGCGUCAAAAUUGUCUCAAGCUGGUUUGUGCAAAGGCAUUACUCCCAUUUUAAUUACUUGGGCUCUUUGGCAUUCAAGGUGUGUGGCUCGUAUGGAGGAUGUGGCGUCAAAUUGGGAGGGUUGUGGUCUGUAUUGUGAAAGGUCUUUUACUGGAUAUUUCUUCUUAAUUCCAGCUCUACACGGCUAUCUAGUAGAGAUGAAAGCUUCCUGAAGGAGCUUAAUUGUCGUAUUGUGCCUAUUUCUGUCAAACCUUCCAAGGUAGUAGCUUGACCAAGACCAAGGAGUGAAUGUUUCGAGCUUAAUGUAGAUGGUGGUUCAAUGGUAAUCCAGGAUUUGCAAGUGGUGCUAGCAUUAUUCGAGAUGAUCGUGGUCGUGCCUUGGCGGGUUUUGUGCACUCAUAUGGUGUCUCGACUAAUAUGAUUGCAGAGGGUCGUGCUUUAUUGGAAGAGUUGAGAAUGGCGCAUCAACUUUGCAUUACAAACUUAGUGGUUGAGUCGGAUUCUAAAGUAAUGGUGGGUUGGCUGAAGUCUAGUGCUUGUAAUUUUUGGUACCUACGGGAUUUUUUGGAAGAAAUUCAAUCCUUACUCCGGCUUUUAAACAAUCGCAUUUGUUGCAUUUAUGGAGAAGCCAACAUGGUAGCAGAUUUUUUUAGCAAAGGAAUGUACUAAAAGUAAGAUUAUGGAUUUUG